GCGGCUGCGCCCCGCACGAUGGGGGGCAGCCCGACCCCAGCCUCGGUGGCCGCGGACCUUCGCCGCCGACCACGCCGCGUCUGCCAGCUCCCGCCGCUGCUGCUGCUGUUGCUAUUGCUGCCCGGGCGCAGUGCCCUCCUCACCUCGAAGGCAACAUGAAGGAGACGCGGGGCGACGGAGGGAGCGCCCCCUUCUGCACCCGCCUCAACCACUCGUAUCCAGGCAUGUGGGCGCCCGAGGCACGGGGCAACCUCACACGCCCCCCAGGGCCCGGCGAGGACUGUGGCUCGGUGUCCGUGGCCUUCCCGAUCACCAUGCUGAUCACCGGCUUCGUGGGCAACGCGCUGGCCAUGCUGCUCGUGUCGCGUAGCUACCGGCGUCGGGAGAGCAAGCGCAAGAAGUCGUUCCUGUUGUGCAUCGGCUGGCUGGCGCUCACUGACCUGGUCGGGCAGCUGCUCACAAGCCCCGUGGUCAUCUUGGUGUACCUAUCCAAGCAGCGCUGGGAGCAGCUCGACCCGUCGGGGCGCCUGUGCACCUUCUUUGGUCUGACCAUGACUGUUUUCGGGCUGUCCUCGCUCUUCAUCGCCAGCGCCAUGGCUGUCGAGAGGGCGCUGGCCAUCCGUGCGCCACACUGGUACGCGAGCCACAUGAAGACGCGUGCCACUCGCGCCGUCCUGCUGGGCGUGUGGCUGGCAGUGCUCGCCUUCGCCCUGCUACCUGUGCUGGGUGUGGGCCAGUACACCAUCCAGUGGCCCGGGACGUGGUGCUUCAUCAGCACCGGACGAGGGGACAACGGGACGAGCUCUUCACACAACUGGGGCAACCUUUUCUUCGCCUCCACCUUUGCCUUCCUGGGCCUCUUGGCGCUGGCCAUCACCUUCGCCUGCAACCUGGCCACCAUUAAGGCUCUGGUGUCCCGCUGCCGGGCAAAGGCGGCAGCAUCACAGUCCAGUGCCCAGUGGGGCCGGAUCACGACCGAGACGGCCAUCCAGCUCAUGGGGAUCAUGUGCGUGCUGUCGGUCUGCUGGUCGCCCCUACUGAUAAUGAUGUUGAAAAUGAUCUUCAAUCAGACAUCAGUUGAGCACUGCAAGACAGACACAGGAAAGCAGAAAGAAUGCAACUUCUUCUUAAUAGCUGUUCGCCUGGCUUCACUGAACCAGAUAUUGGAUCCCUGGGUUUAUCUGCUGCUAAGAAAGAUUCUUCUUCGGAAGUUUUGCCAGGUAAUUCAUGAAAAUAAUGAGCAGAAGGAUGAAAUUCAGCGUGAGAACAGGAACAUCUCACACAGUGGGCAACACGAAGAGGCCAGAGACAGUGAGAAGAGCAAAACCAUCCCUGGCCUGUUCUCCAUUCUGCUGCAGGCUGACCCUGGUGCUCGUCCUUAUCAGCAAUGUGAGAGAGCAGUGGAGAAAAACACAGAGAUGCUGUCUGACUGUGUGUUUGGCACCUCACGCUUCAGGAAAAUUUCAACAUAAGCAAGUCUUUUUCAACAUGAAAAUAAACUAAUAAUUCAAUAAUUACAGUAGAACUUCCCUAAAUGGUAUUUUUAUGUAUUCCUAUAACAUUUUGCAAUAAAUGAAAGUAAUUUCAUUACUCUAACAUUCUAUGCUGAGCUCUUUGAGGUAACUAAGACAGACGUUUCCUCUAUUUUACUGUUAAAAAAGUAAAAUGGUGGCAGGGCCUACUCAGGUACUCAGGUAGAGCACAGCUCCCCAGCCACAGGAAAUGCUGCUAAAGAUGUUUUAUGUCCCUUCCAAGUGCCCAGUAAUGUAGUUCUAAUUUUCAUUAUGACAUUUUCAGGAUAGUGUUGUCUCCCAUUAUUUGUAAAAAUAAGAAAUCUGAGGUUCAGAGACACUAAACAAACUUGCCCAAAGUCACUGGUAAACAUCAAUAAAUAAUAAGCGUGCAAACUGAUAAAGUCCACAGUCCCUAAGUCCCUAAGUCCACAGUCCCUGCCUUCCUAAGACCCUCACUUCUUUCACUGUUAGUUUACUUGCUGAAAUCUAGUGUCAGUGAUUUUUAUUAACAAUAGAAUUACUAUAUGCAUGGAGAAGAGACUUCCAGAGUAUAAUAGAAUGUUAGAAAGUUUGUCUUAGAAAAAAAGGCUUAAGUUUUCUCAAGUUAUUCCUCAAUUAUAACUACUGAUAAAUUUUGUGAUGAAAGUUUAAAAGUGAGAUAUUUAUUUUGUCUUUGUUCCCUUUUUCUAUGUACUUUCUGGAGGUGAUAGUGAAGAGCAGUGAAAUGAGCAAAACCACUUUGUCUCAAAAGAAAAUGGGGGCUCGCAUUGUGGGGCUGUACGGGUGCAGCUGCUGCUUGCGAUGCCCUCGUUCCUUAGCAGAGAGGCUGGCUGCAUUCCACUUCUAAUUCAGCUUCUUAGCAAUGCACCUGGAAGACAGCAGCUGAUGUCCCAAGUCCCUGCCACCCAUGUGGGAGACCUGGAUGGAGUGGUGGCUCCUGGCUUCAUUCAACCCAGCCCAGUCCAAGCUGUUACAAGUAUUCAAGAAGUGAACCAGCAAAAGGAAGGUCUCUCUCUCUCUUUCUCUUCUCUCUCUCUUUCUGUCAUUUUGCCUCUUAAGUAGAUCAAAAAUAAAUAAACAUUUAAAAGAAGAGGGAACCGGCGCCGUGGCUCAAUAGGCUAAUCCUCUGCCUUGCGGUGCCAGCACACCGGGUUCUAGUCCUGGUUGGGGCGCCGGAUUCUGUCCCGGUUGCUCCUCUUCCAGGCCAGCUCUCUGCUGUGGCCAGGGAGUGCAGAGGAGGAUGGCCCAAGUCCUUGGGCCCUGCACCCCAUGGGACCAGGAUAAGUACCUGGCUCCUGCCAUCGGAUCAGCACGGUGAGCUGGCUGCAGCACGCCGGCCGCGGCAGCCAUUGGAGGGUGAACCAAUGGCAAAGGAAGGUCUGUCUCUCUCUCUCACUGUCCACUCUGCCUGUCAAAAAAAAAAAAAAAAAAAAGCAUCAUUUUGUUUUACCAAAUGACAUGUGAACUGUAAGUACAUUAAGUAAAUUUUUAGGGUAAUGGUUUAAGGUUGGCUGAAAAAAACAUAUAAAUUAUUCCUGCUCCAUUCAGUACAUUUUAUGACAAUCUUUUUUCUAGACAUAUUAUAGCAAAAUUAGAAAAUUUUAAUAAAGCAAUAAUGAGAAUACAUCAGCUGAAAUUAACCCAAUAAACAGGGCUGAUUUUAUAUUAGAAGUCUUCAAUUAGUUAAGAGAAAUAAAAAUUAUCCCAAAUAAUGCAAAAAUUUCAAAAUAUUUUUGCACCAAAACAAACAUCUUUUCAUUUCAUUUUUUUCAAAAAUUCUUUGAAGUCCCCUCAUAAGUUAUAAGCAAUGAGGUGUAAAUUCCUGCUGCAGAAACUCUUGCCAUAGCCCUUUUAUAUGGGAGAUAUAAAUUACAAAUGUGAAAAAAAUACUAUAUAUAUUUUAGGUUGCAGUAAAGUAGCAGCAAAGCAAAUAUUUAUCUGAAGUCUGAAAAUAAGUAACCUAAAUGGAGAUUUUAGAAUUGAAUUUGCUGGCUUGUGGAAGAUGUCAAAAAUCUUUUUGUGCUAUUGAAUUAGAAAAACUAGUAUUGUCAAUUCAUAAGCAAGAAAGCAAAAAACAGUUACAUUUCACUGUAUCCUCUCAUAGAAAUUUUUGUAACUUACCAAAAAUUGCUUCAGAAUGUCAAGUUUAAAAAGGACCCUAUAGCCGGUGCCAUGGCGCAGUGGGUUAACGCCCUGGCCUGAAGCUCUGGCAUCCCAUAUGGGCACCGGUUCAAGACCCAGCUGCUCCACUUCCUGUCCAGCUCUCUGCUGUGGCCUGGGAAUGCAGUGGAGGAUGCCCCAGGUCCUUGGGCCCCUGCACCCACAUGGGAGACCCGAAGGAAGCUCCUGCCUCCUGGCUUCAGAUCUGCACAGCUCUGGCCAUUGCGGCCAACUGGGAAGUGAACCAUCGGAUGGAAGACCUCUCUCUUUCUCUCUCUCUCUGCCUCUCCUCUCUCUGUGUAACUCUGACUUUCAAGUAAAAUAAAUAAAUCUUUAAAAAAAAAGGACCCUAUAAUGUUUCAGUUAAAUUUCAGAACUAAAAUUCUCCUGGUGGACAAUGAUGCAUUUGUUCAUUAAAAUUGUAAAGCUGAAAGGCUUCUUUCUGAGUUUGUCAUCUAAAUUGUCAUCUAAACCAAUUAUAACAAUAAUUAAACCAGUUUGUGUUCUCUCUUCUUUCACACAUUUAAAGUAAGGUUAACAGAUGUGAGGAUUAAUUUGCAAAUACACAUACUUGUUGGUAAAUACAAAUACCGAUUUGUACAUACAUAUACCAAUCUAUAAAUAUUCUCCAGAAAGAUGCACUCAGGGAAAAGAAACUUUUAGGACUAUUCCAAAUCAAAAAAAAUUUCAACAUUCUUUAAUAUUUUUAUGAAUCAUAGCUAUAUAAUCACUUACUAUGCUGUCACAGAGAUCCAGUAGGGAAUUUAAAAAAUGCCUUGUAUUGUUCUUUAACCACAUACGGAUCUUAAAUCCACUGAUUCCUUGUUCUGCACUCCCUUAAACUCACUCCCCUCACUAGAAUCCUCUGAGAAUGCAUAAUUACCACCUUGUCUAUACUUAACUCCUUCCCCUUGCUGGUUUUUGUCUAUGCUUGGCAUUGCUGGAGGGGUUGUAUAUUACACAGGAAUAUGCAUUUGUCAAAAAUCAUCAAAAUGGGGUGGACAUUUGCUUAGCAGUUAAUAUACCAUUUGGGAUCUACACAUCGCAUAUUGCACUGCCUGUUUGCAUGCAAGCUCCGCUCUCCAUUCCAGAUGCUUGCUAACGUGCACUCUAGGAGGCAAUAGGUGGUGCUUCGAAUAGUUGAGUGCCUGCCUCCCAUGUGGAAACCCUGGAUUGAGUUCCCGGCUCCAAGCAUCAUCUUGCCCAGUCUCAGCUGUUACAGGUGUUUGAGGAAUGAGCCAGUGGAUGAGAGCUUUCUGCAUCUGUCUGCUUCUCAAAAUAAAUAUUAAUUAAUUAAUCAAAUAAAAAUAAAAAAUCAAACUGGGUGACAUGUCAAUACCUGAGUAGUGACAACAAGGAAAUCAUCACCCUAUAGUCUAUCUUUUCAAAAAAAUUUUUUAACAGAUUUACUUAUUUAUUUGAAAGUCAGAGUUACAGAGAGAGGUGAAACCUGUCUUGUCUUUCCAAUCUGUAAUAAAUAUUUUGUAGCCCCCUACAUAGCCCAUAUCACUCCUCUAGAAAUUAAUCCCAUGUCCCUCAUACAGCUUUGUGGGUUUUUUUUUUUUUUAGCUAUUUUUAAAAGAUUUUAUUUAUUUAUUUGAGAGGUAGAGUUACAGAUAGUGAGAGGGAGAGACAGAGAGUAAGGUUUUGCAUUCAUUGGUUCACUCCCCUGUCGCUCCCCGUCUUCGUGGAGGAACGACACAGGACCCUGCGCUGUUCUUUCGUCUGCUUGGCCCUCCCUGGGUUUGCUGCUGGUUCUUCCCGGGUUGGCUACCGUCCCUUCCACCUCCAUGGAAGGGCGGUUCCCCCUGCCACUUUCCCCACUUCCGCGGGGGAGCGGCACACCGCCGGCCAGCUCUCUCGGGGGCUGCUCAGGUGUUCCUUCAGAUAGAUGUUCCUGGUGCAUGUUGUCUCUCUCCUCCUUUAUAGUCCUCUUCCACCAAUCCCAACUCUGCUACCCACACGCCGAGUACGCUGCUCUACUCCAAUCAGGAGCAGGUCCUACAGUUUAUUGGUUGAACUGGAGGCAGCUGUGUAGAAGCUGUUUUCUCCUCUCCCAGCGCCAUAUUGUGGGAGAGCAGAUGCAUAGAAUAAGUCUUAAUUCCAGUAACUUAGUCUAGUCCCAGUUGCUCCCAGUUGCUCCCCACACUCCCCAAAUGGCCACAAUGGCUGGAGCUGCGCUGAUCCGAAGCCAGGAACCAGGUGCUUCUUCCCAGUCUCCCACGUGGGUGCAGGGGCCCAAGGACUUGGGCCAUCUUCUACUGCUAUCCCAGGCCACAGCAGAGAGCCGGAUUGGAAGAGGAGCAGCUGGGACUAGAACUGGUGCCCAUAUGGGUGCCGGCGCCACAGGCGGAGGAUUAACCUACUACACCAUGGCACCAGCCCCACAGCUUUGUUUAAGUUAUAUGAUCUUCAAAUGUCACAAUUGGACUAAGGUGUGAUUACUUCUCUAGAGAAUACGAAUUAAGACUUAUAGAUUCAUAUUAGAUAAACUUAAGGUCCAAAGCAACCAGUUAGCUGUAACUGUUACUUUUUAUCAACUAUGAAAUAUUACAAACAUGCAGAAAAUUCCCAAUUACUUCCCCCUAAAUAAGAAAAUAUCAAUUCUCUAUUUGUUUCAGAUUUUCUUUUCCCUAAAAAGUUAUAAAUUUUUGUUAUACACUCAUAAAGAAAAUAUUACCAGAUAUUCCCAUCCCCAGGAAAAAACAAUUAUCAAGAUUUUAUCAGAUUUUCUAUUUGGUUCUAAUUGUAGUAAAAAUAAAAUUUACCACAGUCAUGACUUUUUAAUGUGCAGUUCAGUAGUGCUAACAGUGCUCACUUUGUUGUAUAACAGAUCCCUGGAGCUUUUUCACUACACAAACGCAAAACUUCAUAUGCAUUGAAAAGUAACUCUUUUCCCCUUGUAGCAAGUACAAUUUUGCUUUCUAUAAAUUUGACCGCUUUAGAUUUCUCACUUAAGUGGAAUCAUACAGUAUGUGUGUUUCUGUGACUGUCCUCAGUGUUCAUCCAGGUCAUCUGUAUGACAAGAUUCCCUACUUUUUAAGCUGAUUAAUACUCCCCUUGGGUGUUUUUAUGUAGGCUAGAGGUGUGAUCACCACAGGCUCUUGGUUUCUUCUGGACAUUUGAGCUGAUUCUACCUCAGCCACUAUGAGUAAUGUUGCAGUGAAUACAGUAUGCAAAUACAUCUUCAAGAUUCUCUUUUCAAUUUUGGAUAUGCCAAAUCCUUAAGAAGUUUAUAGAAAAUGAAUAUUAUGAAAGAAGUAUACACAAAGUUAAAAUUCUUUGUACAGGAAUAAACCUUUAAUUCCAUCUUUAAAAAUAUUACUUUAUAGAGGGUAUGAUUCUGUGAAGAUAAUAUUUAAAAGUAUCUAUGCACAAAAUAAUACAGCAGCAACACAUUGUAAUACUUUCUUUACAUUUUUUCUCUUAAUUUCAAUUUUUCACAAAUUUUGAGGUCCCUUCCUAUAUCUAGAGGUAUUUGAGGAAAUUUAAUAUUGAUUUCCAUCAUGGCUGCACUAUUUUACUUUUUCAUCCGUAGUUCAAAAGACUUCAAAAUUGCUUCACAUCCUCAACAAUACUUAUUUUUUUGUUGUGAUGUAGUCACCUUAAUGGUUAUGAAGUAAUAUCUUCUAGGAGUUCUGAUAUAUGUUCCUCUAAUGGUUGGUGUUAUUGAGCGAAUUUUCAUAUUGUUGUUUGUCAUUUGCAUAUCUUUUUUGGAAAAAUGCUUGUCUGGAUUGUUUGUCCAUUUUUAAUUAGGCUAUAUCUUGUGAUUGUGUGGUAGUGCUUUACAUAUUCUAAAUAUAACCUCUUAUCAGAUAACUUGAAAAUAUUUUCUGCCAUCCUGCAGGUUACAGAUCAUUCUCAUGAUAGUUUUGGAUAUGUAAAUUUAAAGUUUGAGUUUAGUUUUUUGUUUUUGUUUUUUUGGCCUGUGCUUUUGGUGUCAUAUCCGUGAUAUCAUUCGAAAUCCAAUUUCAUGAAGCUUUUCUGCUGGUUUCUUCUGGUUUUUAUAUUUUUAGGUCUUAAGUUUAAAUCUUUAGUCUGUUUUGAGCUAGUUUUUUUAAGUAGUGUAAAUAACGAGUCUUAUUUGAUGCUUUCUGCAUGGGCAUAUCCAAUUUAUUCAACACACUGUUGGAGACGCCCUCCUCUCCCCAUUGCAUUUUCUUGACAUCCUUGUCAAGUAUUGGUAGGUUAUAUGCACAUGGGUUUACGUCUGGGCUCUCUGUUCUACUCUACUGGUCUAUGUAUCCAUUUUUAUGUAAGCAUUACACUGUUUUGAUUACAGUAAGCUUUUACCAUUUAAUUUUUAAACACUUUAGCCCUUUUACUUUGUUGACCUUUUUUUCUUUUGUGGAAAUUUCUUUCUAGUUUUAUUUAAAAUGUUAUCAAUGAAAUACUUCUUCUAUCCUAAUUGGUUUGUUU